GUGAGGGGUUGGGAGGGGGCUGGAGGAGGUGGAGGGUGGCGUUGGGGUGGUGUGGGGAGGGGCUGGGGGGAGGUGUGAUUGGGCUUCUUAUGACCAAAGGACCGGAAAUGAAGACCAGUUGUGAAGCUCGCUGAUGCUGCUUCAGAGGUACAACUGUCGGUGGGACCGUAGUCUUGUAUACUGCUGUGUGAACAUGUUUUUGCAAUGCUGGGCAUGGUAAACAGAAGAUAGCAGCAACAGCGGCUGUUCGAUAACACCUUCACAUCACAGCUACACAGCUGCUAGCGUGAAUCACUGCAUGCGCACGAUGUGCGGCCCCGCCUCGUGCCUCCCUCCCUACACUUAGGUCAACGCUGCAGGACCCAACUGCAGGGGGGGUCGCAGCCGAGAGUAUGGUAUCACAAAGUACUGUGUCUGCGACGCUCACGCCUGUCGCUGCUUUCCGGACGUUUCGUAACGUGCUUUACGAUCAUGUGUUUGGUGCCACGACGAAGGAGCAAAGCAGUGGUCGGAUGGUUCAGGGGCGAGCCUUGCGAACUGCUUGCACUUGCUGUUUGGUGGCUUUUGAGUGGGGGCUUUUGGAGCCGCUCUUGGUGCGGCUUGGAGGGCGCAAGGUGCUGCUUGGCUGGCGGGCAGGCUGCUGCCUGGCUGGGGCUUAGCAGAGCGGUGUGGUCGGAUGUCGGUUCCGCUCGGGGGGCGUAUGGGUUGUUUUGGUGGCGGGAGGCGUGGCGGCGGGGAAGCGUCAAGGCAACUCGACUCGAAGGCAUCAGGGGGGUUGCUUGAGCUUGCUUUAAAUGUUUCAUUUGUAUUUGUAUAUUCAAAUAUCGCUUGGGAGAUUGUGUGUGUUCACACAAUUGAACCCUAGCGUCGUAUUUCAUCAUGUUGCAUGCAUCGUGCUUUGUCGUCCUCAACUUGCUGCAUGGAGGUCCGGUCCGGGGGUCUGUGUUGGGGACUGGUAGGGUGGUGUACGGUGGCUGGGUGGAGGAGGCGGGGUUGCAGUUGCAAGGGCAUUGCUGUGGCCUGCGGUCCAUGACCCAUGGGUCUUUUCCUAUGUGGGUGUGAACCUCCGGAUUUCUCCGAAUUCACUUGCAUGUAUGUAUUGCGUGGGCAAGUAUGGAUACACGUCGAAGUAAAGCGGUCCUGGCAGUACCACUAGGGGGUGAAGAGUGUGACGUGCAAUGCAGCAGACGCUGUCUGGCAGUACCACUGCAUGUAGGUAGAGGGAGAUCAUAGAAGAUGACAAUUUAACAACCUUCUGCGAACAUGCGAGUAGCGAUUUCGCUGCUACCUCCUACGGAAUAGCUGGCGUGCUGAACUGCCCGGUGUUUCGGCACACGCACUCGCAUCUUCAUGGGGUGGUUGUCGUUGCUUGCGGUGCCUUGCUUGACCCUCUUCCGUACGCGUGUACGUGCGGUAUGCCCGUGAUCCGGCUUAGGCAGCGAACUGAAAACUGAACAUGGUUGGGGGACACAGUUAAUAAAUGGAGGUACCUUUCAUACCUCCUUAUGGUAUGGUACCACCUGCAGAUUGGGAUUGGGGCGGCUGGUGCUGCAGUCGUGUCUGAGCUCGGACCUACGGGCGGUCUGCGCACCGGUAUAUGGGGCAACGACGUGACGAGCCGAGUGAUAGUUCGGGCGUGUGAGGGCGAGAGCGGCUGUGGGGUGUAAAGAGGAAACAACUAACUGGCCGUGUGAUAAGGCGGCAUCAUGGUUGUGAUUGUUGGGUGUGUGCGACGUACGGUGAAACAGUCGUCGUGUAGAGCAGUUGCCCACAAUUGCAAUACGUCCUUGCCUGUUCUCGGUGUGAUGCUCGUGUCCCUGCUGUCUAUGACGAGUCCUUUCGACGCCUGUAGUAAGCUAUAAAUAUCAACAGUCUACCGCUCGCUAGCCCUUACGCCAGCCCUUCACGAAUCCCGCCUUGCGUCGUACAACACGACAGGGGUCUGGCACAGCCGUGGGCGUACGGACUGAAGAAUGCUCGCGGCGCAGGAAGCGGGUUGCAACUGGUUUUGUUCCUGUCCUUGCGGAGGAAAGCGUUGAGAAGGUUGCCGUGUUCUAGUUACCGAUGUAGCCUUAGCUUAGUAAGCACGCACCUGGCAACAGCUGGGAUAGGAGUGUCCAGCGCCAGCAAGUUGUACGAAACUGAAGCUAGCUUGCGACCGGGGCUAGCGGCGUCUGGCUAACCCUAGACCGCACUUGGAGUACCCGUAUGAGGUUGUGGUGCGGGGAGUUGGCGUGGACGGAGGUGCAGAAGGGAAUUGCAGGUGUUAUGCCUAGGACCUACUUGGCUACUGAUAUUGUUGUAUGCCCAACGUACCUCUUACGGAUCGAGGUAUUGCCAAGUCACAAGACGUUUGUGGUCUCAUACUUGUCUACAACAGCAGCGAUGAAGGCCCAUGCCUACUUGUUCUUUAAUUAUUAGGAAAAUGCAUUUGUCUUCAACAUCAGCUUACGGCGAGAAACGCACUCGCGUGGAAUGGAGGUCCUCCCCGCAAGGAGUGCGUUCAUGUGGAAGACGCGCUCUUCACGUCUCAGCUGCUGGCCAGUGGUCAAUUGGCAGCAUUAUCGGGGCUAUUCAGGGCGCUUACGAAGAUAAGGUGCCAGUACAAGGUUCUCCUUCCGCUGUAGUCUCCGGCCCUCAACCAGAGCUGCCAACGCUUGCUUCAUUACCAGCAACGUUUCAACGGCUAGAUUCGCAGCUUGUGGUGCUGUUGGAUCCGAAACAUGAGCGCCUUGUAUACCUUGUUGGUGUCGAUCAAGCCAGCGGCACAGACGCCAUCGUGUCUCAGCUGCGCCCCCUGCUACGUGCGGCCUCCGCGCCCUACCUGCACCUCAUGGCGCUGUCCGCCCGCCUGCGCUCCGCACUGCUGAGGGAGUUCCCGGGCGGUCGGCCCAUCAUCACGCAGGUGCCGCUGCCGGCGGGGGCAGCAGCCAGCCAGGGGCAGGAGGCGGGGCCGGCGGCAGCGGAGGAGGCGGCGACAGCAGCAGCAGCCGGGGAGGGUGGGAGCUCGGGCCAGGAAGGAGGGGAGUACAGGGAGUACGAAUUUCCUCGCGGUGGCGUGUUGGAGUGGCUGUACGGCAGCAGGGAGCAGCAGCAGCAGCAGAAGGAGCGGCGGCGGGAGCAGCAGCAGCGGAAGCGGGCGGUGGGUGGUGGUUUGUCCUCGUACGAUGCUGGUGAGGAAGAGGAGGAGGAAGGGGGCGCGGCUGCUGCCCCCGACUCGGACACGCCCGACGAGGUGAUGUCGCGGCGGCGGAAGCUGCCGACCCACAUGGCAUGGCUCAAGGGGAGCUCCCAGCGCGUGGCGCUCUCCCGCGAGCGUCGCGCGCCGUACCGUCUGGAGUGGCUGCUGGGUCAGCUGGGCAGCUUCGGGCCGCUCAGCAUCGCGGUGGCCACCGACGACAUCAUCUUCGUGCGCAACGCGGUGCUGGCCAACUGGGCGACCGACUUCGACCCCUCCGACUACUACGGCGAGCUCUUCCAACACCUGCUGGAGCUGGGGGAGGAGGGGGAGGAGGGGGAGGGCGGCGCGGGGGAGGAGGAGCAGCGGGGGCCGCUGGGGGUGGUGGGUGGCCCCGCGGGUGCGGUGCUGGCGGCGGUGCAGGUGGAUGAGGGCGAGCCGCGGGACCUGCGGGGGCUGCUGCAGGCCAUCGGGGUCAUCGGCGCCGACAGCGACAGUGAGGAGGAGGAUGAGGACGACGAGGAGGAGGCGAACGUGGCGGAGGAGGAGCAUGGCGAGGGCGAGGGUGGCGGCGAGGGUGGAGGGGUUACUGUUCUGGCAGACGGCGACGACGAGGAGGAGGACGCCUCGGAUGCUGACGAGGAGGAGGAGGGGGAGGGGGAGGAGGGCGGUCUGCCGCCUGUGUUGCGCAUCCUGCGGGGCCCCCUGCUGCCCUCCUUGCAGCACCAGCCGGCAGCUCCCCCACAGCCCGCCAUGCAACUCCUGCCUACCAGCAGCGGCAGUGGCGGCGGUGCAUCUGGUCCUGAUCCUGCUGCGGAGGAUGGCGAGGUGGAGGGUGAGGUGGAGGUGGAGGGUGAGGCGCGUGUGCCGCCCCCUGCCGCCUCGCUGGAGCUGCUCUUGGCGGGCGCUGCGGGCGGUGGCGAGGAGGAGGCUGCUGGUGGUGGUGAUGAUGAUGAUGAUGAUGAUGAGGAGGAGGAGGCUGAGGCGGUGGACAGCGACGAUGAUGAUGACGAGGACGAGGACGAACUCUUCAACUCCUUGUUUGGUCCGGUGCCCGGCUGGCCCGAUGCCAACGAGGAUGAUGACGCGUCCUUCAAUCUGGACGCGCAGCUCUCGGGCGGCCCACUGGGCUGGACGCUGUCGCUGCGGGUGCGGCCCGACCGGGGUGGUGGUGCUGCUGGUGGUGGUGCUGGUGGUGGCAGG